AUGACGAUGACAGAGGCUCAUGCUAUUAAAACCAAAUAUUUGAAUGGUAAUGGAAAAUUUGUUGUUGAUAAUGGCAAUGCUGAUAUGACUGGUUCAACGGGUUCUAGCUUCCAUAUUCCACCACCUGCCGCUAGUAGAAUGAAAGGUGGUAGUGCAAAUACUAAAAGACGCACUGUACAAGCUAUAUCUAAAUCUAUUUUUGUUGAUAAUCGAAACAUAAAUACUUCUAGUACUAUUAAGAGUCAAAAUGAUAAGAAUAAUAAUAAGGCUACUACUACUGCAGUAUCAUCUAAUACUUUUUGGAAAAGUGAAAAUACUAAUUAUUUUAAAUUCACUUUCUAUAAGAUUGUCCUUGCAAUAUUAUUCUUUAUGUUUGGUAUCUUUAGAUAUGGUCAAUUACAAUAUAAUAAGAGUAAACUAAAGAUAUUAGAUCUAUUAUACAAUCCAUCAAAUACACCUCAACUGAUUAGACAGGACGUGGUGAAACUAAAUAAGAUUCCUUCUAGAUUAGCUGCAAUCCUAGAGGUAAAACCAAUCGGUGAUGUAGGUGGUGGUCUAAAAGGCAUACUGAAUGAUGCUAGCGAAUUGGUAUCUUGGACCAUUUCUGCAGGAGUUAAACAUUUAUCUCUGUAUGAUUAUGAUGGUGUCCUACAAAAAAAUACUGAUGAACUACGUAACGCCAUUUAUGAACAUCUUUCCAUUUAUUAUGGACCUGCAAAUGUACCAAAUUUUGCUAUAAGAAUCCCACAUUUUAAUAAAGUGUUAUACAAUAAGAAGGGACAAGGUGAUAUCAAGAGUAAAGUUGCCAUCGAAGUUUCGUUAUUAUCGAAUAGAGACGGUAGAGAAACUAUCGUUGAUUUGACAAGAACAAUGGCUGAACUUUGUUCCAAUAAGGAAUUGAACGUCGAUGAUAUAACGGUCGAUUUGGUCGAUACAGAAUUGAAACAACUUGUAGGGCAAGAACCAGAUCUGUUGUUAUAUUUUGGACCAUCCUUAGAUUUACAAGGUUAUCCACCUUGGCAUAUUCGUCUAACAGAGUUUUUCUGGGAAGAAGAUAACAAUCAAGUGACUUACUCUGUAUUCAUCAGAGGUCUUAAACAAUAUGCCGGUUGUAAAGUGAACGUUGGUAAAUAG